AUGAAGCACUUUACUCAGGCACUAUUGGCCUUGCUUCUUACUUCAUCUGGGGCCUAUGCAGUGUCUCAAGAUUCAAACCAGUGUCUUGGAGAAGUUCACGGUGCAUCUCAAGCUCGCACUGUUUCUGAGGUAGUUGUUGUGGUUAAUGAGAAUGGAGAACCGAUUCAUACGAAAACAAGGCCUCUCGCUGCAACCUCUGUUUCGCAAGCAAAUACUCUGCCCACUCAAUUACCAACAUCAACAUCGAGUCCAGAUGCGCCUUCAACACCACUGACACAGACAAAACCGCAAGAUGAUAUGAUCCCUACGAAUGACGCUGUCUCGAUCGUGAAAAAACAGAAGAAGCCACCUUCCAAUGGCGCGCCUCCUCUCCAACAUGAAGCGCAGCACCCUGAGCCGGCUGACCCUGAAACGCCUCACCACGAGCACUCUCAGCAUUCCGAACAACCUCACCCAGUACCACAAUCUCACCCAGAACCACUUCCACACCCCAAACCAGCCGAGCACCGUACCCGCCAAUUCGGCAUCUCAUACUCUCCAUACAAUGCCGACAGAAGCUGCAAAACCCAAGACCGAGUUAACAAGGACUUCGACCUCCUAUCCCAAUAUCAGUUCGUCCGCAUCUACGGAACAGAUUGCUCCCAAACAACUCUUGUAGCCCGAGCCGCACGUCUGCACAAAAUGCAAGUAUUUGCCGGAAUAUACGAUCUAACCGACUUCCCCACAAGCCUCAACGCUUUCAAAGAAGCCGCCACCACCGAAGACGGUACCCAAGACUGGACCGUCUUCCAUACUAUCGCCGUGGGCAACGAACUGGUAAACGGCGGCCGCAGCACACCCGCCGAAGUCUCGGGCGCCAUUACUCAAGCUCGUACCUGGCUCCGCGCACAGGGGUACAAAGGUCCCGUUGUCACAGUGGACACUUUUUCCGUACUUCUGCAGCACCCGGAAUUAUGCCUCGCGUCGGAUUACUGUGCUGCGAAUUGUCAUGCCUUUUUUGAUGCGACGCAACAGCCGCAUAAUGCUGGCCCGUAUGCUCUUGAGCAGAUGCAUGCUGUUUCGGCUGCGGCGGGGGGAAAGCAUACUAUCAUUACGGAAUCGGGGUGGCCGCAUGCUGGACAAGCUAAUGGGGAUGCUACUCCUUCGCCGGAGAAUCAGCGGGUUGCUGUUGAGAGUUUGAGGAGGAGUUUUGCGCAUCGGGGGGAUGAUUUGGUGCUUUUUACGGCUUUUGACGAUUUGUGGAAAGACGAUAAUCGGUAUACGUUCAAUGCGGAGAGGUUUUGGGGGAUUCAUUGA